AUGUCCACGCAAACAGCAACAAGCAUUGCAGUCCACUCAACCCACAAGCUGCGAAGCUGGCAAUGUCUGAUGGAGGAUGCUUGUCUUUGGACGCUCCGGUCAACCGCAUAUCACACCUAUACCCUUUGGCAGUUUUGUGUCAAUGACCUCAAAACUAUGGUUUUUCCAAGUAUUGCCUUCGCUUACUUUCACUCCGGCCACCUAAAUUGGAUCACAUUCCUUUCCCGCCUGCCUCUCAUGCUUGCAUACACCUGGUUCAAUCUCCUCGGAUUCGCCAUCAACAACCAACGAAGCCCGCGUUCUAUAUCAGAAGACAAGUUGAACAAGCCGUGGCGACCAAUUGCGGCUGGCCGGCUGACUCCAGCGCAGGCUCACACAGCUGGAAGGCUAUCAAUUGUGAUCGCCAUUGCUGCAAGCAUAGCUGCAGGGGGCGGCUUUGUCCAAAGUAUACUGCUAGCGGUCUUUGGUACGAUUUAUAAUGAUUUUGGUGGCGGAGAUAAUCAUUGGCUGGUUCGAAACCUCCUCAACGCGGCAGGGUUUACGUCCUUUGCCUCUGGUACACUCGAAGUAGCUUUGCAAGCAGCGCCAUCGCUAUCAAUUAUAUCAUGGAUUUUUUUGGUUGGUCUAGUUGUUGGUACGACUGUUCACGUGCAAGAUAUGUACGACCAGCCUGGGGAUGCUGCUGCGGGUAGAUACACAUUGCCCUUGGUUAUUGGGGAUGAAAAGGCGCGAUGGAGCAUCGCUUGCAGUGUCACUGCCUGGAGCCUAUUUUGUCCCUUCUACUGGUCUUCUUCCCCGGUCGGGUAUCUUGCACCGUUAGUGCUAGGGCUUUGGGUCAGUACCCGUUCACUCACUAAGCGUACAGUUCAGGAAGACCGAGUCACUUUCCGCAUUUAUAAUGCAUGGUUAGUAGCCUUGUAUGCAUUACCAAUGACGCAUUCUUAG